AUGAAAAAAGGUAGAAAGAAACCAUUAGAAAUAGCUGUUAUUGAUCAGCUUGAACAAAGUUAAAAUUCAAAGAUUGAUAAAGAAUACAUGCAUUUUAAUAGGUCUGCCAUUAGAGUUACAAGCAAUGGAAUUGAGAGAUUGAGUACUAACAAAAAAAAUGAGCAACCAUAUUAGUUUUACAAUCUUAAAUUAAGCGAUAUACAAAAUUCUGGGAAAAGGAUUGGAGAAGGUGCUGCAAGCGCUGUUGAAGAAGGAAUAAUUGUUCCACUUAAUGUGAAAGUAGCAAUAAAAAAAAUAACAGUUUAUGAUCAGAAUAAAAGAAGACAAAUUGAGAAUGAUUUGAUUAUAUUACAAGAAAAUAAAGAAGCAUAACAAAAUGGCUGUGAUUUUUUCGUAUUCAUGUAUGAUGCGUUUUUCAACUAAGGACAAGUUUAAAUUAUUUUAGAAUUAAUGGAUUUUGGUUCAAUAAAAGAUGUGAUAAAAAAAAUAUAAAUUUUAUAAAAAUAACAUAUAACAAUAAUGACUGAGCCAAUCUUAGCUCGUAUUUGUUAGCAAAUUUUAUGUGGAUUGAUGCACUUGCAUAUAAUUUACAAACAAGUGCAUAGAGAUAUAAAGCCAGCUAAUAUCUUGGUUAACAGAUAAGGUCAAGUAAAAUUAACAGAUUUUGGAGUCACAAAAGAGUUAGAGUAAACUGAUUAAAAACUAUUAUCUUAAAGAGGAACAACUGCAUAUAUGUCUCCAGAGAGAAUAGACGGAGCUGAAUAUGGUUAACCCUCAGACAUAUGGAGUUUUGGCAUGAUAGUAUAUGAAUUGUGUAUUGGAUAAUAUCCUUUCGGUAAAGAAAAAUAAAUUAUAGAGCUUCACUACUUAUUUGAAAGUCAUUAGGAAAAAGAUAAGUGUUUUAGACUACCAGAAAAAUCAAAUUUUUCAAAUGAACUUAAAGAUUUUGUAUCUAAAUGUUUAUAUAUAGACCCUCUUAAAAGAUCUAAAGCAGUAGAGCUUUUAGCCCAUCCAUUUAUUUUAAAUAAUUUAAUGUAUGAAGCCAAUUUAGCUUAAUGGUUAUAAGAUUUGGAUGAUUAAAGUAAGUAAUUCAUUGAAGAAAAGACUAUUAUUGUUCCUUAACAAAUUUUAGAAGGAGCGAAUUGA